UUCAAAUUAAAUGUGAAAAAUAAUAAAAGGAUUUAUUGAGAUGUAAAUAAAGUGUACUUUUAAAAAAAAAGAGUGUAGUAUAAAAUGAGUGAAUAUCCUAAAAGAAUAUUAGGUAAAAGAGUAAAGAAUCCGAAUAUAAUCUUUUACUUGAUUGAAUUUGAGACACCUACUCAUAAAGUAAGAACAUAAUGGAUAGAAAUGUACAAAUUGGGCAAUUACUUAGAUUUGAUUGAGUAAUAUGAAACAAGAAACAAUUAGAAUUAUUAUAUGGAAUUAUUAAAAGAGAUUAUUGAAGAUGAUAAUUAAUAUGAAUAGAUUAGAUAAUUAGAUUCAUUAAAGACUACGGAAGAUUAAAUUUGUAGAUAAACAACAACUGAUUUUAUGAUUCCUUAACGUGAGAACUAAGAAUUUGUAUAUCAUUUAAAAAAAGAGAGUAAUGAAUAAAUAGAAUUGAAUAAAGAGUUAAAGAAUAUAACAAAAUCAUUUUAAAAAGGAGGGAGUAGAGUUGCAUUUACUGAAUAAUAGAUAGUUAAGAUAAUAACAUAUGCAAAAGAUGAAUUAGAUAAUAAUAAAUAUAUGUUUUUAAUUGAAUGGAAACCAAGAGAAAGUGGUCAUUUAAUAAGACCUUCUUGGGUUGGUUAAGAAAAGAUGAUGUAAUAUGCUCAAUCAUUUUUAGAAAAUUAUGCAAAUGA